UCCUUUUAUUAAUCUGUAUUUUCAUCUUUCUUGUUGUCAUAGAAACCGUUAGAAAACAUUUUAUUUUAUAUCUGUUUUCUGCAGAGAUGUCGUCCGGAGAGCCGCUCUGUGAGCUCCUGCUGAGGGGGGAGGAGACAAGGAGGGAGGUGGGCUGCCAAUGGGAGAGUCCAGAGGAGGAGACGAGGAAAGAGGAGACAAGGAAAGAAGUGGGCUGUCAGAGCGACUCAGCAGAACGGAGAGACGCUGCUGUCCAGGUGGAUCUGCUGAGUCAACAGCUGGGCUGGAGACACACAGGCUCCUCUGAGGUUCUGCUGCAGUGUUUCGCAGUGAGGUCAGAUGGUUCUGACGGGGUUCUGCUGCAGCACUGCACCAACCGGACCAGAACCAGAACCAUCAAGCCCCCCCGCAGGAGGAGCCCCCCCCCUCCCCUGAAGAGGAGGGCACCCCCCCUGAGGAAGAAGACCACAAAACAGAGUCCGGUGCAACGAGGGCGCCGCAGGGUGUCGGCUGUCACUGACCCCCCCGAGGAGGAAGAGGAAGAGGAAGAGGAGGAGGAGGAGGAAGGUGACCCCAUCUGGACUCCUGCUGAAGGAGAUGACUCUCCCCCCCCUGCCUCGCCUCCCCAACUGGACUCCGACUCCCAGCAUGCACCUCUGCGCCCGGUGAAGCUGGAGCCGGGCAGCACCAUGUGUGAGGUGUGUGGCAAAGUGAUGAAGAACAAGGCGAGCCUGGCGCGCCACUCCUUCAUCCACACGGGUCAGAAACCCUUCGCCUGCCACCUGUGUGAGCUGCGCUUCAACCGCAGAGACAACCUGCAGCACCACCUGACGCGCCUGCAUCCCGAAGGAGCGAAACAUCGCCAGAAACAUCGCCCGGCGCCCGCGUGGCUGUGCUCCGCCUGCGGGAAGACCUUCAGCUGCCGAUCACGCCUCAAAACGCACGAAGUCAUCCAUUCGGGGGUGAAACCGUUCCGCUGCGAUAUGUGUCCCAAAACGUACAUGAGAGCCAACGAUCUGGAGCACCACAAGAAGAUCGUGCACGUGGACGCUGACGGUGGCGAGAAAGCGCCGCCGGUUAGCUCGUUGCUCUGCGACUUCUGCGGUAAAGAGUUCCCGUGCCGCUCGCAGCUCGCCGUGCAUUUCCAGGUUCACACGGGCGAGCGGCCGCACCUCUGCGACAUCUGCGGGCGUAAAUUCGGACGCCAGUAUCAGCUGAACCGCCACAAGAUCCUGGUGCACAGCAACACCACGAUGGACCGCGCGCCGCCUGACGCCCCGUUCCCCUGCAGCGUCUGCGGGAAGCGCCUGAAGUCAGAGGCGCUUCUCGCCGCGCACGGCCGCAUUCAUUCUGCGGAGCGGCCGCACCGAUGUGUCCUCUGUCCGCGCAGCUUCCACCGCGCCGCAUCCCUGAAGCAGCAUCACGACCGCGUUCACCUCCGAAGCAACGGGGCGCAGAAUCCCAACCGCAGGAGGAGCGCCGCGCCAUCCAAAGAGUUCCCGUGUUCCAUCUGUGGAAAGGUGUUCAAGUUCCGCUCGUUGCUGUCGAGCCACGCUCUGAUCCACAGCGACCAGCGGCCGUACGGAUGCGACUUCUGCAGCCGAAGCUUCCGGCGCCUCGGACACCUGAAGCGCCACCGAGAGGUCGUCCACGCCAACGGAGAGCGGCCCGCGCAGUCCUUCGUCUGCCACAUCUGCGGGAAAGACAAGAAGUGCCGCUCGCAGCUGCAGCGUCACGUCAUCAUCCACACGGGGGAGCGGCCGCACGGCUGCGAGCGCUGCGGCGCCAGGUUCAACCGCAGCGGGAACCUGCAGCAGCACAGGAAGCGCAUGCAUGGAGAGGGGGGGGGGGCAGCUGAGGAGGAGGAGGAACCGCACAUCCUGUUUGACGACGACAUGAUGCCGGCGCUCGCCUACAAACAGGAAGAGACGGUGGUGGCUGUCGGCGACACGGUCUGCGAGGAGAUAGAGGAGCAGAUCGGUCCCUGAACACAACGCCGCUCUAAGACUUUGACUUUAGAACCUGGAGCUGGAGCUCUGCAGAACGUGUUGUAUAUAAAGAGUAGGUCUCAGAGCUGAACUCUGAGAAUUAAAGACUUCAAACGUUUCAUCGCCCUCCUUUCUCUUUGGUGUUCACAUACAAAAAGCUGCUGACUGGUUUCACCGUGAGGUGCUUCCUCUUGAUUAUUAAAGAGUUAACCGGUGUGUGUCUCGGUCCCAAAGGCA